AAACAUGGUUGCUGGAAAAGAUAUUCUUGAUAACCUUGGGGAUGGCGUUGUUGGUGGCGCUACCGCUGGUGGUAUGGUUGGCGGACCUCCGGGCGCAUUAAUUGGUGGCAUGUUUGGGUUUAUUUUUGGAUCAAUCAAAAGUCUUGUUAUGGACGCGGAAGAGAAUAAGAAAUGAAUUAUUUUAAUUCUGAAUUUAAUUUUGAACAAAAUUUGUUCUUUCUUUUUUUUAUUAUUAAUUUGAAAAUGAAUAUUUUUUUUGUUUUUAAAUUUUCUUGUCAGAGAUCCAUUUCUAGCCUUUUUGAGCCUAAUCUUAGUCCUAUAGGGAGAGUAUAUUUUUACGGUUAAGAAAUAAAAGGUAUGUUUGCUUGAAAGUAACACUUGAACGUUUUGUGUGAAAUCUGAUAUCUGUACUGAUCCAGAGAACCAAACUGAACAAUUGUCAGUUCUUCGUUUCAU